AUGUCGUCGCUUUUCCAUCCUUUCACCUUGAACGAACAGGACCUGGUCAUCCUUGCCCUCGGUCAGGGCAAACAGUUCAUCACGGGCCCUUGCACAAGCGACGCUGACUGCGCUUCGGGAUGCUGUGGGUUUAACUCUGGUGUUUGCGCAGGUCCCGUUGUUGCGCAAGAACGUGAUGGUGGGUGCGGGUUCGGCGAUGCCCAGCCGAACGAUAAUGCAGCUGUCGCCUUCCGCGGCCAAGGAUCUGGCAACAACGGAGCCCAAGGCAACAACGGAGGCAACGGAGGUAAUAACGGAGGCAAUAACGGAGGCAAUAACGGAGGCAACGGAGGUAACAACGUCAACAACAACGUUGCUGGUGCCUCAGGGCAAGCCGGAGUCUCCCCCGGAACACAAUUCAUCACAGGCCCAUGCACAAGCGACGCUGACUGCGCGUCUGGCUGCUGCGGGUUCAACUCUGGUCUUUGCGCCGGUCCCGUCGUCGCGCAGGAACGUGACGGUGGUUGUGGAUUUGGCAAUGCGCAACCCAAUGACGAUGCCGCGCGGGCGCUGCAGGGAAAGAGGAGGAGCGUGGCAUUUAACGCCUAA